UGUCCGGUCAGACAGCGGCCAGGUCGGGGCAGAGGAGGUACCGGUGUGCUGCAGCAGGUGAACAGCACACACACACUGAAGUGAAGUUUACGCCGGAGGGAGAGAGAGUCACCUCUGUACAGAGGGAUUUUUCCACGUUGUAUUGCGCCUCUGGAUAGGUGCCUGCUCUGUUUGCCUGACAGUCAUGAUGGCCAGAUGUCUGGAUCUUCUCGUUCUACUUCUAGCACUCCAUACUUUGGCCCAGGAGCUGCCAUCGAGCCCACACGGCUGCACAGAUGGAAGCUGUUAUCCAGCUACUGGGAACCUCCUCAUCGGGCGGUCCGUUAACCUGACCAGCACCUCUACCUGUGGCUUGGAAACACCUGAGCAGUACUGCAUUGUGAGCCACCUGCAGCAGUCAGAUAAGUGCUUCACAUGUGAUUCUUGGAGACCCUAUGACGUGGACCAUCACAGAAACAGCCAUCGCGUGGAGAACGUCAUCUACCUGAAAGACAGCAACGGAGAUCUUACAUGGUGGCAGACUGUUAACGGAGAGGAGAGCGUAAGCAUCAGACUUAAUCUGGAGACAGAGUUCCACUUCACUCACCUCAUCAUGAAGUUUAAGACAUUUAGGCCUGCAGGCAUGCUGAUCGAGCGCUCUGUGGAUUUUGGCCGUUCAUGGAGACCGUACCGCUACUUUGCCUACAACUGCACCAGGACCUUUCCCGGAGUGCGUACCCGGCCUCUGAGGUUCAUCGACGAUGUGAUCUGUGAGGAACGCUAUUCUGACAUCGAGCCCUCCUCAGAAGGAGAGGUCAUUUUCAAAGUGCUUGAUCCUGCAAUCCCUGUCAGUAAUCCAUAUAGUCCUAAUAUUCAAGACCUGCUGCGAAUCACUAACCUGAGGAUUAACUUCACCAAACUGCACACUCUGGGGGAUAACCUUCUGGAUCGUCGGCCUGAUGUGCUGCAGAAGUAUUAUUAUGCGGUGUAUGAGCUGGUGGUGCGAGGCAGCUGCUUCUGCUACGGUCAUGCCUCCGAGUGUGCGCCGGUCCCAGGGGUUCACACCCGAGACAACGGCAUGAUUCACGGGCGCUGUGUGUGUAAGCAUAACACGGUGGGCCUGAACUGUGAGCUCUGCCAAGAUUUCUAUCACGAUCUGCCCUGGAGACCAGCCGAGGCAAAUAACCCACACACUUGCAGGGAGUGCAACUGUAAUGGCCACUCCGACAAGUGUCACUUUGACAUGGCGGUGUAUCUGGCCACGGGGAACGUCAGUGGAGGUGUGUGUGACGACUGUCUGCACAACACCAUGGGACGCAACUGUGAAACCUGUAAACCUUUCUUCUACCAGGACCCAGCCAGAGAUAUCCGAGACCCUCGCAUCUGUGUUCGAUGUGAUUGUGACCCAGUGGGUUCUCUGGAUGGAGGGAGGUGUGACAGUCAUACUGAUAUGUAUCUUGGAAUGAUUGGUGGUCAGUGUCGCUGUAAGCCCAAUGUCCAGGGUCACCGCUGUGACUACUGCAAAGAUGGGCAUUAUGGCCUCAACCAAAACGACCUUCUUGGGUGCCAACCAUGUAACUGUGAUCCCCGUGGCACGAGCAUGAUGGGGCAGCCAUGUGAUCAUAUCAGUGGAGAUUGUUCUUGCAAGAGACAUGUGACAGGCCGCUACUGUAAUCAGUGCAAACCAGAGUACUGGGGACUCAGUAAUGACCAUGAAGGCUGCAGACCAUGUGACUGUGACUUUGGUGGAUCAUACAGCAAAAGGUGCAGAAUGGAGAACGGUCAGUGUGACUGUCGGCCUCACCUCAUCGACCGUCAGUGCUCAGAUGUGGAGCCUGGGUAUUUCUGCGCUGCUCUAGAUUACCUCACAUAUGAAGCUGAAAGUGCAGUGGGUCAGUCUCCUGACAGUGCUGAUCUGCCUGGGAAGCCUCGCCCUGCGGCUGUAAGUGACUGCGCUCAGCACCUCAGUAACCAGCUGAGGAGGCACAGACGCCAUCGGCACAUCAGCCAGCAGCAGAGGGCAGCUCUGAGACGCAUCCGGCAGCUUCAGCAGACUCCUGAUGUGACCAUUGCAGACAGAGAGAGAUACACAGAUCAGAUGGUCACUUGGACUGGGCCAGGCUUUGCUCGGGUUAAAGACGGUGCCGGCCUUGUGUUUACCUUCGAAGACAUCCCGUAUGCCAUGGAGUAUGACAUCAUGAUUCGCUAUGAACCUGAGUCUACAGAAGACUGGGAGGCCACUGUGAGUGUCACAUCUAUGUUACUGUCCACCAGUUCUCGCUGUGGGAACCUGCUGCCCACUGAGCAGCUCUACACUGUCACACUGCUGCACAACAAGAGGUACAUCCUAAUGCCCCAGCCUUUCUGCUUCGAGCCCAACAACCGCUAUGUGGUGGCCAUCCGCUUUCAACGCCAUGCGGUCUCUCACAGACACCUCACUGCCCACAUCCUCGCUGACUCGCUUGUAUUAAUCCCCCGGUAUGAGGAGCUGCCAGGGUUCAUGGGUAACGAUCCCCAGGCUGUGCGGCGGCGAGAGGAAAUGGUGCACUACAUGUGUCUGGACUCCUUCAUGGCUACUCCGAUGCCGAUUCUGGCUGAGAUAUGCGGCAAAUUAAUCUGCAGCAUUUCUUCUCUCAUGCACAACGGAGCGCUGCCUUGCCAUUGUGAUCCUCAGGGUUCACUGAGUGUGGAGUGUAAAAAGAUAGGUGGUCAGUGUCAGUGUAGACCUAACGUAAUUGGCCGUCGCUGUAACCAGUGUGCACCAAGAACAUAUGGAUUUGGACCCUAUGGCUGUACUGCCUGUGACUGCCACCAUGAUGGCUCUGAUGCUCAGCACUGUGACCCAGUUACAGGGCAGUGCCCCUGCAAGUCCGGGGCUUUUGGCCGACAGUGCUCUGAAUGCCAGCAUGGUCACUGGGGCUUCCCAAACUGCAGGCCAUGCCAGUGUAAUGGACACUCAGAAACCUGUGACCCUCACACUGGUGCAUGCCUUGACUGCAGGGACAACACAACAGGUCAUCAGUGUGAGAGGUGCACAAGUGGGAAUUACGGUAAUCCGGUGCUGGGUUUUGGAGAAUACUGCCGCCCCUGUCCGUGCCCGGGUAACCCAGGCAGUGGACAUUCAAAUGCAGAUUCCUGCCACAUGCAACAUUCCUCUAACCAGAUCAUCUGCCACUGCAAGCCGGGAUACACGGGACAUCGCUGUGACCGCUGCGCCCCAGGUUACUAUGGCAACCCAGAGCAGAAAGACGGAGGGUGUCGGCCAUGCGAGUGCAGCGGGAACAUAGUGGCCGAAGACCCUGACUCGUGUGACCCCCGCACUGGCCAGUGCUUGCAGUGCCUUUACAACACAGACGGUCCAUCAUGCUCAGAGUGCAAGCCUGGUUACUAUGGCAACGCUCUGGCCAGAGACUGUCGGCGCUGUACAUGUAUGAGACUGGGAACAGACCAGGAGUACUGCAGGGAUGAGGGGUGUUACUGUGACAAGCAGACUGGCGCAUGUCCCUGCAGGCCCAAUAUUGUUAACAAUAACUGUGACCAGUGUGCUGCCAACCACUGGAACCUGGGCAUGGAUGGCGGCUGUGAGGCUUGUGGAUGUCAUCCACAGAACAGCUUUAGCUCACACUGCAACUUGAUCAGUGGUCAGUGUCACUGCCGGCCCGGUUUCGGAGGCAAGCAGUGCACUGAGUGUGAGAUGUUCCACUGGGGAGAUCCAGCAGUGUACUGUGAGGAAUGUAAAUGUCACAGUCAGGCGUCAGUGACAGGUCAGUGUGACCGUAUCACUGGGGCAUGUGUGUGCAAAGAGUGGGCAGCAGGUCAACACUGUAACGAGUGUGCCCGUGGUUUUACCGGAGGUUUCCCCAGAUGUGUGCCCUGCCACCCCUGCUUCCAGCUUUGGGACGACAUUGUGUGCCAAGUCAAACAUAACAUGGACAGAAUCCGCUUCACCAUAGCCAAGAUCCUGGAGAUGGGCGAGGUGCCUGGUACGAGCGACUCCCGCAUCAAAGAGCUGGAGCAGAAGCUGACUGAUAUUCAUAAGCUGCUCCUAAAUGGAGAAGCAGACAGCUUAUAUCAGCUGAUCAGCCAGGCCACUGAUGACUUGAGGGCUGAGAUAGCGGUCACUGACGGUCGUUUGAUGGGCACAGAGAGAGACCUAAAUGUGACUAGAGAGCACAACGACAUCCUAAAACAGAAUUUGACGUCACUUGAGCAAGAAUUCGGGGAUCUGAACACCACCCUUAAUCAGUGGCUCAGUGAGCUGAAGAACUACCUCAGUGGUGGAAUUUCAGAUCUGCUAAACAAAGUGCGGAAAUACUACCAAGAGUCUCUGGCCGCUGAGCAGAGAUGCAAUGCUUCUGUCUUUGGGACUCAGAGUCCAGUGGAGCAGUCUCAACACACACGCAACAUCACCGAGGUCCUGCUGGACCAGAUGAAGGACAAGUUUAUACGCAAUGUCACAGCUCAGAAGAAGUCCCUCUCUGAGCUCAAAAAGAAAGCAGAAGACAUGGAUACAAGGGUCCAUCAUCUGAGUCAAAAGGUGUGUGGCAGCAGUGGCAAUGCGAGCAUUGAUGGUUUAUGCUCAGACGGACCUUGUGGAGGUGUUGGUUGUGUGGACAGUAAUGACACACUGGUAUGUGGAGGGCCAGAAUGCAACGGGACUGUUGGCGAGUCAAUCAGGGCACUGGAGAAAACCAGUGAUGUCACCAAGAACCUGACAGCUGUCAGUGAGGAUCUAAUGAACAUGGCCAAAAAGCUCCAGGACAUUGCUAAACUCACGGAGAAUGUGAAGGCCCAGGCCAUGAACACUCUGGACAAAGCCAAGAAGAAGAAAGAGCUCUUUGAAAAAUCCAAUAAGAAACUUAAAGAUUUCAUCCAAACCAUCAGAGACUUUUUAACUGAGGAAGGAGCAGAUCCAGAGAGCAUAGAGAAAGUGGCAAAGCAGGUUUUGGCCAUCACUCUCCCAGUUAACCUGACCUUACUGGACAGCAUGGUUAUGCAGAUCAAAGAUAGCAUUGCUAAUCUCACCGACGUGGAUGGAGUCUUCAGCUACUCCGCUGAGCAGCUGGCCAAAGUGAAGGAGCUGCUCGAUAGAGCUACCAAUGAACGGGAGAGGGCAGAGAGAAUUAGUAAUGUUAUCAAUGAGACUAAAGCGGCCAUAAACAUCUCUCAGGAGGCCAUAGACAAGGCGAGGACCGCGAUAGAGAAAGCCUUGGAAAACCUCAACAGCACACAGAGCGUCACUGCUAUGGUGGAAGACAAGCUCUCAAAUUUAGAAGACAACCUUAUGGAUAUGAUGAUGCGUUUGUCUAAUUUAUCCGAACAAGUAGAUAUUUUGAAAAAUAAGACAGAACAAAACAGAAUGCAGGCAUCUGAAGCCAAGGAGCUCGCAGACAAUGCCACUGAGGCUGCCUCUGAACUAACAAAGGAUUUGUCACAUGUUGAGAUUCGUUAUAAGGAACUAAAAGAUAAGAUUGAUGCUUUGGGAGAAACGGCAGCAGGUAAUGUUACCCAGAAAGCACUGGACAUGAAGAACGAGGCUGAGGAUCUUCUCAGGAAGGCCAACAAGGACAUGGAAACACUUAAAAAGCUGGAGCGAAAACUGCAGAAGAACGAGCAGAGAAUGCAAAAACAGCGAGAGGAGCUUGCAGAGCUGGAAAGCAACGUUACAGAGAUCCGAAAUUUCAUCAGGGAAAAAGUCACGGGCUAUAACACCUGUCAGUAACCAUAAAAAUCAACUAAUCCAGAACUUUAGGAUUUGUUUAGCCUGCUACGUUAGCUCAGGACUUUUGUCAUUGUAAGUUUAAAACUGUUGUGAUUAUAAUGUGAGGGAGUGACUGCUUAUUAUAGAUGUGUUAAAAAAAAUUGUCAGAUUAAACUGUACCUGGAAAGAGCAGCUGAUUACAAAUAAACAAAAAUCCUAAUUUUUAAUUUUAACUAAAAAAUUUUGACUUUAAUUAUGCAAAUGGGGGUUAAUAAAAAAAUCUGAUUAUUUUCAUACAUUUUCUGUGUAAAUGAAAGCCAGACUACCACACUGUAUUGUCAAACUGUUCUAGAAUGAAAUAUUAUCAUUUGUUACAAGUACUUUUUAUACAUUAGGUGCUCAAGUUACCUCAAUUUUUAGGGCAUUUCAGUUGGACAGAUGGCAUGACAUCUAAAAAGAUAUUCUGGACUUUAAUGUGAGUGAAUUGCUGAGGCUGAUAAAUGUAUGUUUGCUGCAGUAUUUGGAAUUAAAAGCAAGUGAUUGUUCUAACAUCUGAUGUUUUACAUUUAGCGUUCUGUCUCUGAGUCUGCAUCGGUCACUGAGCGGAGAGUUCUCGGUUUGAUAAUCCUAUUCAUUAAUCUUAUUCAAGUCUGGAUCGUUGCACUUGAGGACUGUUUCCUGUCAUAUGACUUGAUCAUGCUUCACAUCCCGAGCUUAAAAACAUUCUUUGUAGGUUUAUCAGAGACAGAAAUGAGCUGAAACUAGAUGAGAUUAAUUAUACUUACAGUUUGCCAAAGUCUAAUCAAAUUGCUUCUAAUCUUCAGUAAUUUGAUGCAACAAUUCUAAUGCAACGUCCACUCGAGCUGGGAUGAACUCAAGUUUGUGCAAAACCUUAUGAUCCGCUUAACACGGUCAAUAUCACAAAAAUGCUUACAUUUAUCUAUGGAUCUAGUGCAGAUUCUUGGAGUUGGAUAUUUGGGACACUUUUGUUCCAGACCAACAGAGGGCACAUUUGAGUUAAAGUCUUCCUUGGUUAUGGGUUUAAUUUCUCCUGGUCAGUUUUCUACCUGUUCUAUGUUUAGUGAUUAGUCAUUAGUUUGUUGUCUAGCUUUUGUUUGUAAUCUAGUCAAUGAUUGCUUUGCCCCGGUUUGUUCUUUUCUGCACUUUGGGGUAAAGAAGUCUGCAUUUUCAUCUGUCUUCAGCCUUGAUUCAUGACACUUUGAAUAUUCAAAAUAUUGAACAUCUACUUUAUUUGUUUUAAAUAUAUUUAUAUUUGUUGUUUCCUUUGUUAAAGUAAAAAUAAAUUCCCGGUCAUUGUGGUCUCGGACGUUUGGACCUCAGUAAAGAGUAAAGCAUGUGUACAACCAAUUUCAAAUAAAAUCAUAUGAUUACAUCCAAAAUCUGAACAUGAUGCCCAGGUUGACCCCAAGAUUAUAAAAACACAGUGAUAAACUUCUCGUCAUGUACCAGCAGAUCUACAUUCAGCUCUCAACAUUCACUCUCUCUUUAUUUUAUCUCUGUAUAAUUCUCUGUUUUUGGUGAAUAUGUUUAUUUAUUCUCAAAACGUUUCUUUAAUGAUGAAACACAUGUAAUAAUAAUUAAACUAAUGAUUUUUUUUUAUUAAAAUCUAUUGAUUCCAGUAUAGGUAAUAAUCAUGAUGCUGGGCCAUGUUUAAACUGGGGUUGUGUUUUAUUGACCAGUACCCA